AAAUUAUUUGAAAAUAACGAAUAAAAUUUGAAUUUUUGAGGGUGCACAACUAAGCAAUUGCAGACAAAAUCAAAACAAAGCAAAAAAUUUAAAAGUUUAUCAAAAAUCAUAAAAAUAAGCAUAAUUAAGUAGUUUAGGCACGUAGAAAACAAUCAGUUGUACUUACAACACCAAUUAAACACCAUGACAGAUAUGUCAAGCCCAGUUAAUCGGAUAGAUAUAGAUGCACUUGAAGUCCUUUCAUUUUUUGGAGAUAUUAAUUUAAUUAAUUUGUCUGAGUUAGAUGUAGCGGAAUUAGAAGAUGUCACGAUUUCAUUGACCAAAAAUUUUGUGAUUCUCACAACGUGCUUCAAGACUGGAUCUGUGAAUAUUUUAAACUUUAAGGAACACUCAUUAAACUGCAUUAAAUACCUAAAAAUCAUAUGCUCAAAAGGUUCUUCCUUCCAAAACUUAAUAGCCAACACAAAUGGAAUGCUUGAAAGUGUCAAAAUAAUACUCGAAUCAGGAUGUGACGAAGAAGUUAAAUUAAGAUCCUUUCAAUUGCUAGCAAAUCUUUGCGUACAGAAUGAACGAGCACAAAAGAAGUUGUGGACUGAAUUGAGUGCCUUGAUUAUGGACAAGUUCAAUUCAAAUGAUACAGCAUAUAUCAAUGUGUCAGCAAUGAUAAUUUACAACAUUUUACUGCACAAUCUAGACAUUAUUGAUAAAAAUCUGGUGCUAACAGAUAGUUUGAGUCAUUAUGACAAGUUUUUAAAAGAAGAGUCACCCAAAGUUCCCGAUUACUUCCAUAUUCUAUUAGAAUAUUUCAUUUGCGAAUUUAAUGAGAUAGUUGUAGCUUAUGAGAACUUAGAGGACGACUUGAAAAAAAUAUUUCUGUACUAUUUACACGAUCACGUCGAGCAUGAGUCAAAUCCAGUUGUGAGCAAGCCAUUACUUAAUCAUCUUUCGUUAGAAUUUAAGAAGAAGUCAGAUUGUAUACUUAAGACUGUCUCAAAUUAUGUAGACAACAUUGAUCCUGACUUUGUCGUAAUUCUAUUGGAUAUAAUAUCAUCAGCCACGACACAUGAGAAAUAUUUAAACAUUUUGAAAGAUGAUCGUUCAUUAUUCUUAAAUAUUGGAUGUCUUCUUCAAGCAUUGCACAAGAUCGGAAAGAAGUCUGACAAUGUAUUUACGCCAAUACAAAAAUUAGAAGCAUUAACUCCACAAUCAUCAGUUAAUUCCGAUUUCGAGAAGGAAAUUUCUUUCGCAUUUAAAUCAAAACUCGUUAAAUCACUCGCAAAUCUAUCAUAUCGAAAUAAAAAGAAUCAAGAACUGGCACGAGAAAUGGAAAUCAUGCACAGCAUCUUCGAAUGUACUACUGCCGAUGCGAGAAAUCCACUCAUCAAAGAAUGGAGCAUUUUAGCGAUUAGGAAUUUGUGUGAAGAUAAUGUCGAGAAUCAAGAGAUUGUGAGAAGUUUGACAAAAGUUGGCAAUGCUGAAAAUCCAGUUUUAAGUGAUUUUAAACUCGAUGAUGGAGUCUUUCGUAUUAUAAAAUAAACAUUUUCGCCAAUAACGGUAUCAAAAUCAUUUUAUAUAAAUAAACGUUUUCUGUUAUUCACACCCUUUUGUCCACAGUCA